AUGGAUAAGAGUCCCGGACAAAGCCCUCCAGGAGCGGCUGGUGGAAGCAGUCAACAGGAAGAGCACGCGGCGGAAGGCAUCCUCCCAGCUGACCAUUGGCGAGAGGUUUCGCAGCGAGAAGGCAACCGGCCCGAAGACGAUGACUACGACGACGACGGCGAUUCUGCGCUUGGUUCUGAUGCUGGCAGCUCAACUGCUUCGAUCACCUCUAGCAUUCUACAGUAUCGAGAGAUUCACGGGCGAAGGUUCCAUGGCGAAACCGGCACAGCGCAGUACUGGCAGUCCAACGACGAGGCGGCGAAUGAAUCGCUGGACAUAAAUCAUCAUGCUUUGACUAUGGCAAUGGGGGACAGGCUCCUCAUGGCUCCAUUGGUUAAGGAAAAUAUCAAAAAAGCUCUUGAUAUAGGCACUGGCACAGGAAUAUGGGCUAUUGACUUUGCCGAUGAAUAUCCCGAUGCUCAGAUCAUUGGCACCGACAUUUCCCCCAUUCAGCCAACGUGGGUACCGCCCAAUCUCCAAUUUGAAAUCGAGGACUGCACGCAGGAUUGGACAUUUCGCAGCCAAGACUUUGACUAUGUGCAUAUGCGGUGGCUCCUUGGCAGCAUUCAAGACUGGGAUGCCCUGAUGCAGCAAGCAUAUCGCGUACUGCGACCAGGGGGUUACAUUGAGAGCCUGGAGACUUCAGCCAUCAUGACGAGCGAUGAUGGCACUGUCACGGAGACUUGUCCCAUGGGGCAAUGGGGCAAGUUCUUCAUCUCCGGAGGGAAAAAGAUUGGGAGAUCCUUUACUGUUGUCGAAGACGAAACACAAAGAAAGUCAAUUGAGGCAGCCGGCUUUGUCGACAUUCAAGAAUUCAAUUUCAAGAUGCCGAUAGGGGGCUGGGCAAAGGACCCGAAGCUGAAGGAGCUCGGGCAAGUCGCACAGAUGGUCCUCGAAAGAGACGUCGAGGGCUACAUCGUCUUCAUGGCAAACACGCUGGGGUGGACGCGAGAGGAGAUUUUGGUGUACAUCAGCAUGCUGCGGCGGGAUGUCAGAUCGAAAAACUUUCACGCAUAUUAUAAUCAAAAAGUGGUGUGGGCAAGGAAGCCAUUGGAUGGGGAAAAGCGAUGA